CUUGCUGGUGGAAACAAAUCAGACCGUGUUACGAGAGGCGUCGUGUCCUCGGUGGAUUUCAGACCUGACUUCGCUAUCGAAGCGAUCCAAGCGGCCGACGUCGCGAUCGUUAGCCUGAAUAUGUCGGCUGCCGUUGCCCGGCUCCCGCCGUUUCUACCAGCGACGACUACUCGGUUGCGUCUCGAGAAUGACCUGUUGACUGGGUUCCCCACGCUUGCUCUGCUUCCCCUUCAGUCGCUUUCGCAUCUGAAUCUGGAUUCCAAUUGGAUCGAGGACGUCGAUGUCAGCGCUUACUCGAACAGCCUCGUAUCACUAAGCCUACGAGCCAACGAUAUGCACUCAUUCGAAGGGUACUUUCCUAAGCUGCACACUCUAGAUUUAUCGCACAACCGUUUUUCUGCCAUCCCUGAAAGCGUAGUUCUCUUCCGUCAUCUGAAAACAUUGCGCAUGAAAGGCAACGCUCCUUUAUCGCGCGAUUUUACAGCAAUCCAAGCUGACUUCCUCCGCAAUCUGACGUGGGAUCUCGAAGAAGAAGAUUUCGAUGCUCUGAGCGGAUGCGAUUCAGACCUGCAGCAAAUUCACGGACUCUCGGUCUGCAUCGCUGACGCUACGGAGAGACCUAGUGCCAGCGGUGCACUGAUGCGUUCGAAUACACCCGUGGAGCGGAAGCUGUACAGCUACUCCUAUUCGUGUCCAGGUUAUUAUUCCGGCGGCGUGCUUGCUGGCUGCGUGGUCGGCACUGCAAACACGAAUGAAUCGUACGCAUCGGUAUGGCAAGACCCGCAACUUCUAGCAAUUCAGCUGAAAGCCGACGAGAUUGAAGACGUGAGAAAAAUCGGCGGCGGAGCGUACGCAGAUGUGUGGCUUGUCAAGUAUCGUGGGACUCAAUUGCUGGCUUCCAAGCGCUUGCGAAAAGUGUUCGAAACUCAGCAGAACACGCAGAAUUUCCUCGAGGAGAUCAAAAUGGUCGCGAACUUUGACCACCCCAACAUCGUCAAGCUGGUUGGAGCCGCCUGGAUGACGGAGUCGGAUCUGCAAGCGCUGUCAGAGUACAUGGUCGGUGGAGAUCUCCGCGAGUUCCUGAUCUACCCCCACACUCCUCGCACGUGGGCUGCCAGGAAGCUGGAGAUUGCCACGGAUGUGAUUGAGGCGCUCGUGUACCUGCACUCGUUUAUCCCUCCAAUUGUGCAUCGCGAUCUCAAGUCCCGCAACAUUUUGCUUUCGAGAGAAAUGCGAGCCAAGUUGACGGACUUUGGUGUCUCUCGCAUCAUGUCGGAAGAGAAUACCAUGACACAAGGCGUGGGGACGAGUAGGUGGGAGGCUCCUGAAGUUUUGGCGGGUAAGGAAGACUACAACCAGGCGGCGGACAUCUUCAGCUUCGGAGUGGUGCUCUCUGAACUCGACACGCACGCGAUCCCGUAUGAAGACGCACGAGGACCGAGCAACAAUCCGCUGGCAAAUGUAGCCAUCCUGCAGAUGAUCGCGGUGGGGGCCAUUCGACCGAGCUUUUCGCCACACUGCCCUCCAGACAUUCGUGCUUUGGCGAACCGUUGUCUCGCUCAUGAUCCAGAUGACCGUCCCACGGCUCCGGAGGUAGCAUACGCUUUACGGACCUUGACUUUGUAG